AGAGAGAUGAGGUUUCAGGGGUUUUGCCACAUGUUGGCCAAAAGCCACAUGUUUGAGAACAUCUGUAUGCGAUUGACAUUAAUCUGUGUCACCUUGGAGAUAGUCUACAACUGCCUGUAAGAGUUGCCCUGCGAUAGAUUAUCCCACCUGAGCUGUGGGCCCCUGCGGUUCCUCCAGAGUUACUAUGAGCCUUCUAUGUGCUUCUAACUUGGACUCUCCUCGCCUGACCUCUGUUUAGGCUUUAGCGGUCAGACCAUGCUACCUUUUUAAGUGAUGGAUGCGAUAUAGUACACUGAUGUGUUCUUUGUUCUGUAUGAUGCUAUUUACAGAGCAGCUAAGAUUAGACUAUAUACAGGUUCUCUCCUCUGACUAAUUUUGGGACUUCUGAAGGCAAGUUUUAAUUUGGAAAACCAGAGUAAGGGACGUUUAUUCCAAAUUAACUUAAAAAAACUGCAUCAUUUCACUUCUACUUUACAUCCAAGUACUAUUUUGUUUAUGUGUUGUGUGAAACAUCAAUGAAAAACCUCAAGAGUGAUAUGUUUUAUGGAAUUUGCUCUACAUGUUUGUUUCAGUAUUCUAUGCAAAGAUAUGGCACCAUAUGUGUUGUUAAAUAAAUUGUAUUUCUCUUAAUGUAAUUUCCAUCUCCAGGGGGAGGUAUGUCAUCCAUGCACCCAGUUUACGAAACUCCCAAUGCCUCGUCCACAUCAAGCGAUCACACCCCUGACUUCCUUGGUUUGAUUUGGAGCCCGGGUGCAUGCGGUCGGAGUCAGACGACGGGCUUAGAGUUUGAUCUGACAAGGAUGUCAGAUGUUGAAUUCUCAAACCCUCAGAACUUCAUCCAAGCACAAUUGGAGCCCGGGCUCUCAGUCAGCCCUAAUGCUAGUCCUCUCCCAGCUGCAGUGCCAGUUCAAAAUGCAGAAUGCUCUACAGGGCUUUCCCCUAACACGUUUAGUGAAGCUAUUGACUUGUCAACUUCAACCUUAAACAAUGACCACAGUCUAAUGAUAUCAGGGGAGAAGACUCCCUUGCACUACGGUGAGGUUCCAAGCUUUGUGCUGGCCAGAAUCAGAAGUGAAGAAAGCCCAUUGAAGUCGACUGUUAAGGAAGAAGUGUUUUCCAAAAACCGAUCCAUUUCAGCGAGGGUGUGUCUGGAGAAGAGAUUCAACAGUAUGUGUGCUGACACCACAGUGCAGCAGGAGAGUCACCCUGCAGUUCUCAGCAAUCUUUUGACUGUAUUUCAGCAGACAUCAGAAACUCAAGAGGCCUUCGCACAUCCGCAAACACAAAAGUGGGUACAAGCUGAGCGAGCAAAUCCUUUCAAGGUAUCCAGCUCUCACAUCGGAGGGGUUUUUGACCCGAUAACCAAUGUCUUCAGUCAGGUGGUUGUUGUAGAAAUGGCUGAACCCAGCAACCCUCAGGGUUUGAUGAUGUCCCCAAGUUUGUCAUUUAACCAUCAUCCAGUGACCUCUGUAACAAAACCAUUAUAUACUGAUAGCUGCAGCCCUAAAGAAGAGAAAGAAUGGGUCAUCGCUGAAAAGGAUGUUGCGCCGCUUGAGGUCAGCAGAUGGCAUUGCAACAGUGUUUACGCAGAGCCCUACAAAGCUACUAAAACUGCUUCAGCCCCAGGCAGAGUGUCCAGGAGGGACGGCCGCAGAAGAGCUCAGUCUAGUAUAUCAGAGACCCAACGCAGGGAGAGACACAACCGCAGUGAGAGGGAGCGCAGGAAACGGAUCCGAUUGUGCUGUGAUGAGCUGAACACAAUGGUGCCGUUCUGUUUGCCUGGAACUGAUAAAGUCACCACUCUUCAGUGGACCGCUGCUUUCCUGAGAUACAUCAAUAAAACAUAUGGAGACACCUUCAAGAAGGAGUUUCAGAAUGUCAUCAUUAAUGAGAAAGAAAUGCUUUUAAAGUUCAGCAACUCUUCAGGUCAACAGCCAUCCAGCCCAAAGGCCAGCGAGACAUGGAGGAUUUCUCUAGCAGAUGAGCAGUGAUCUAAUUCAUCCAUCUCUGUUCCACACUUAGUGCAUCU